AUGUCGGGUAAAAGGAAACAUAUAGAUAUGUAUCUUGGAGAAAUUUUUAAGGAAUUCAUUUCCUUAAAAGACAAGGAUCUCAAAAAAUCACAAGAAGUAUUUAACAGUGUCUUUGAACAGGUUAAACAAAAGAUGGAAGAGCAAUGUAAUUACUUUAGUAAAUAUGCUAAACAGGUACUCUAUGCCGGGAGUGUGUAUGAUGGUAUCAAAGUGUCUAAAUUAGAUGAAUUUGACAUGAACAUAGUUAUACGACUACCCAUAAAUUAUGAGGAUGGAGAGGACGGAAUUAUAUUGGAGAAUGCUCAGCCUGGAUUUGUCAAAAUGAAAAUUAGCAAACCCUUUGAUAAUCUGGAUAAGCAGAAGUGCAGCCAGCUUCUGCUGGUAAUCUCAAUGACCUCAUCAGACCUCCUUUGCCUUUACCUAACUGUGGCCCGUUUAAGCGUCUCGUUCGUACGGCAGUUUGAUCUGAAUAUAGAUGACGAUAAAGCUAAAGAUUGGUUAGUGGUACCAAAGCCAAACAAAGCGUUGAAUGCUAAAGAGCAGAACCAAUGUUGGCGGCUCUCCUUUCAGGAACAAGAGAGGAAAGUUAUGAAAAAUUUGAAGCAGUUGAAAGUUGUUAUAAGAUUGGUAAAAAAACUUCGCGACGUCCUUGGCCUAAAGUAUAUCGCCAGUUAUUACGUCAAAACCUUGUUUCUAUGGAAAAUCCAGAAAAUAAACGACGACAAAUAUUGGGAGAAUAAUAUCGGUCUCAUUUUUAAGGACAUGAUAGAUGAGUUUUAUCAAGCAGUCGAUAAAAAAUGUAUCCCUUACUUCUGGAACGAGCAAAAUAAUCUCAUUGGGGCAAUUAAACCGACCAUUCUGAAGGUGUACGCUGACAAACUGAACGAGGUACUCAAAAGCAUAAACGCUAAUGAUCUUGACAAAGUUCCAGAAUAUCUACUAACAUCCGAGGAAUUGGAAACGUUUAAGAAAUCUGAGUUUUAUAUAAGGCUACAAGUGAUUCCAGUCAGACUUUCCAUGGAUAGCACUGACUCUCAAUCCAGUCAAUCAAAGAAAAGUGAUAACUCCAAAGACAUGAACAAUGUUAUUGAAAACCUAAUGGAUAAAAUUGCUCUUUUAACUAAAAGGGUUAAUGAGCAGGAGAUGAGGAUUAAAGCUUUGGAAUUAAAGAACGGGCAAGCAGCUAAUUUUACUGGAGUGUGUUUUAAUAAUACUCAAGAUUUAUUGGUUUUUGAAUAA